UACAGGCAUGCUGCCAUGGCAACUGGUUCAGAAUCCAUAUUCAAAAUCACGUUGCUAGUUAGGAAACCAGGCUAUGCUGGCCAGUGUGAGAGAAAGCAAUGUCACUUCUCCGAGCUUCUGGAUGAGUUUUCCCAGAAUGUCCUGGGCCAGCUCCUGAAUGACCCUUUCCUCUCAGAGAAGAGUGUGUCCAUGGAUGUGGAGCCAUCACCGACAUCCCCAGCGCCUCUCAUCCAGGCUGAGCAUAGCUACUCCCUGUGUGAGGAGCCCCCGGCCCAGUCCCCGUUCACUCACAUGGCUACCAGCGACAGCUUCAAUGAUGAGGAGGCAGAAAGUGACAAGUGGUACCUGUCUAUGGACUUUCCUCCAGCAACCAUCAAGACAGAGCCGAUCACAGAGGAGCCACCCCCGGGACUUGUUCCCUCUGUCACCCUGACCAUUACAGCUGUUUCCACCCCCUUUGAGAAGCAGGAGCCCCUUCUGGAAACGAAUCCUGGGGUCGAUUCCUCAUGCCAGACGAUUAUCCCUAAGAUUAAGCUGGAGCCUCACGAAGUGGAUCAGUUCCUGAACUUCUCUCCUAAAGAAGCCUCCGUGGACCACCUGCACUUACCACCCACCCCUCCCAGCAGCCAUAGCAGCGACUCGGAGGGCAGCCUGAGCCCCAACCCGCGCCUGCACCCCUUUGGCCUGCCUCAGACCCACAGUCCUGCCAGAGCCGUGCCCCGGGCCCCCUCUGCCCUGUCCAGCUCUCCUCUCCUUACAGCUCCGCAUAAACUGCAGGGAUCAGGCCCGCUGGUCCUCACGGAGGAGGAGAAGAGGACCCUGAUCGCUGAGGGCUAUCCCAUCCCCACCAAACUGCCCCUGACAAAAUCAGAGGAGAAGGCCCUGAAGAAAAUCCGGAGGAAAAUCAAGAACAAGAUUUCUGCGCAGGAAAGUAGGAGAAAGAAGAAAGAGUACAUGGACAGCCUGGAGAAAAAAGUGGAGUCUUGUUCAACUGAGAACUUGGAGCUCCGGAAGAAGGUGGAGGUGCUGGAGAACACCAAUAGGACUCUCCUUCAGCAACUCCAGAAGCUUCAGACUUUGGUCAUGGGCAAGGUUUCCCGGACCUGCAAGCUGGCUGGCACACAGACUGGCACCUGCCUCAUGGUCGUUGUGCUGUGCUUUGCUGUUGCCUUUGGCAGCUUAUUUCAGGGCUAUGGGCCCUAUCCUUCUGCCACCAAGAUGGCUCUGCCCAGCCAGCAUUCCCUGCCGGAGCCGUACACAGCCUCCGUGGUGAGAUCCAGGAACCUGCUGAUCUAUGAGGAACAUUCUCCCCUGGAGGAAUCGUCCAGCCCAGCCUCCACUGGGGACCUUGGGGGCUGGGAGCGAGGCUCCUCCUUGCUCCGAGCAUCAGGGCUGGAGGCGCUACCUGAUGUGGAUCUUCCCCAUUUCAUUAUCUCCAACGAGACCAGCCUAGAGAAGUCAGUGCUGCUGGAGUUGCAGCAGCACCUGGUCAGCGCCAAACUGGAGGGGAACGAAACACUCAAAGUUGUAGAGCUCGACAGAAGAGUGAACACCACCUUCUAGGAGGCAUCUCCCCGACGGUCCCUCUCCUAUUACCUCUACUUUACAUCCCCGAACCACGGCGGUCAUCAGCUUUUCCUCUUUGCCACUGGAUCCGGUUGAAGACCUGGGCGAGCGCUUGUGGCCGGGAUGGGAGGCACUGGUGGUUCCCAGCAUGUGCCUGCCUCUGUCCCCUUCUCUAACUGUCAUAGGAAGUUCUUUUAGGAGGAGACUGGGGUGGGACCCGCAUCUCGUUUCCACCCGUAGUGCCAAAAAGAUACUGCCCGACUCUCCCCUGCAAAGUGCGACCCCUCUUUGAAAAGAGAUGAUUCUUGUUCAACUGAGACCCCAGACUAGCCACAAAAUGCCGCGGUGCCUGUUGGGAUUUGGCCAAGAACUGACGCUUGUCCAUCCCGCUCUCACCAGGCCUCCCAUAUGAAUGGCCCACAGCCCUGGGACCGCCCGGGCAUCAUACCAGCCCCCUCCCUCCCCUCCGCCCUCCGGAGCCUUGGCUGGCCUGUCCCUCCCCUGGCGUGGAUGGACGAGGGCUCCCCGUUGUACUCUCAGGCCGCAAGUGCAAUGCCUAAAAGCAUCAGGCUGUUCUCCAUGCAAACCUGCCCAUCUUCAUGCUUGUAGGACCUCUCCCACCAUCCGCCCGCAGACCCACGGCCCUCCCUUCCCGCUUCCCCUCCCCGUUUGUAAAUAGUAUUUAUUAGCUUGCUGAGGCUUCCCGCUGGUGACCACACCGAGAACAGCCUGUGCCUCUCCCGUGCUAAUGAAGUCUUCGGUCACCUUUGGUGUUCGGAGGCCCCUCUGUAGGCACUGGGAUUCCCAAUAUUUCCAGAUAAUAUUUCAUUUCCUUUCUUGCUUAUUUUAAAAUUGGAAACCUAUCUAAUACUUACGAUUAAGAGUCCAUGUUAGCAGGUGCCCUCUGUUGCAUGGUGCAGGUGGAAUGAUGGAAUGGUGUGGUGCUCAGGCCCGUGGCUCUGUGGCCCAUGCUUUCUCCCUCUGGUUCACAUACAGAGAAGGGAAGCCUGUCCCCAGCAACAGGCAUUUCUGCUGCUUGCCCUGCACACCUGCCCCACCUGCCCGUCUCCACCACUCUUCUCUCUCUGCUUCCCCUCUGCCUUCCUCCACCAGAGGGUUGAGCAGGGCACAUUGGUACAGCCGUGUUCUUACCUUUUAUGGUCGAGUUAGGCUACUGUGCAGCUCACCCAAAGAGAUAUAACCUAACCCCCACUCUUCUUUUAUUUUUUUUAAUGAUUAAAAAAGUCACUUUUGUAGUUUAAAAAAUCUUUCCUCUUUCAUAUAAAUAAGAAAUGGAAAUUGCCUUUUUAUUGUAGAAGGUAGAAGAUUCCCUUAAGUGUUUUUUUUCUUUAGCUUGUGAAAGAUUUUGUGCAAGAAAUAUGCUUACAUUUGGUAUUUUAUUUUUGGUAGCAGCUGAAGGGCCUUUAGCUUUGGCUUUCUCUCCCCCUCUCUCUUUCUCUCUCUCUCUUUCUGUCUCUGUCUUAUCAUCAUCUACAUCAUCACUGGAGCCUGUACUUAAGAGGGAUUAUGCCCACUCCCUGUCCAUCCCAUAUCAGAUGCAGGAUUUGGUGGCAUUAGGCUAUGCUGUCAUUCCCUGUAAGCGGCUCCCUGCCUUGUCUGGCUGGCCCCAUCUGUGGUGGGAAAUGGCCUUAUUCAUCUUGAUGUGUGUGAGAACUGUAUUGCCACCACAGUGGCCCUGUAGCCUGUAGCCGUCCCUCCCAAUGGGCAGGGCAGGCUUGGAUGUCGGGCUCUGGGAGGCGGGAGUGGCUGGCAACCUGUACGUUCACUUCUUUCCACUCCACUGUCUCAGGCUCUUGAUCCUGCUGGCCCUCCUAGUGUCCGGUAACCAUGAGCCACAGCUGCCCCAACCCAUCCCUUCAAAGAUCGGUUGCUUGUCACUCAGGCAGACUGUGUGUCCCUAAAAAGACAAAAACCCAGAAUAAACUCAGGAAGUAUUUGGGUGACGAGAAAAGAAGACUUUGAUGUGUAAGGGCAGAUGUGUGGUCACGGGCAGCCUGUGUCCGUUGGAGCUGAGCCCGAUGGGGUUUCGAGGAGCUGGAGGUAGCCUGGGCGGAAACCUACAUUUCCGAAGGAGGAGGCAGAAGAACAAGGAAAUGUCUAGCCCCCAUCCUUAGUGCACCAAGGAUUUUAUUUUGUUCCUGUCUACCCUUGCUUCACAUAGCUCUCUCCAGAUGGCCAGAUGGCAGGGCUUUUUCCUGGGAAACUGUCCUUCCAGAACAGAAUCUAUAACUGGAGACAGGGCUCAAAACCUCUGUCCUGCAUUCCUGGCUUGCAGGAAUAAAGGGAGCUAAACAGUGGUCCCUUCAGCAUAAACGGGGUCAGCAGGACCCGGGAGAGUUGGAUAACAGCAGAUUGGUUCCAGAAAAUUCGUGGACAUGUGCUCAUUUUCUGUCCAGGGAUUAAACCCAGCAUCUCUAUAGGUUUGUUUUCCCCAUGGGGUGAGCAGUCCCAAGGACCAGUCAUUGUUAGCCCUGCAGUUUUCAAAUCAUGGCAGAUAUUGGCCCCUUAACUUAAGUUUUGAAGAAUACGAGACUAUUAGAAAAACCCAAAGCCAUAAACAAGACAUAGGCUCAUUCUGCUUUCCAUGGUGUGAACAGGCCUUCCUGCUUCCCUUCCUUUGAUUACCCUAGUAAAGGAAAAGUCUUGCAUCGUUCUCUGAAUCUGGAUGGGACCUGAGGAAGCCCCUGCCCCCCAGAAUGGUUCUUUUCCAAGCUCUCAACGAAGCAUUAGAGAUGGAUACUGGAGAAGAGUGUUCUAUAAAAGUCUGACAGCUGAACUAAAUUGUUCCUUUUUGGCAGGAAGUGGGAGUGGAAGCUGACAUUGGUGUAGGCAUAGUUAGAUAACCUUUGGUGAAUAUAAAUGAUCUUGAUUUGGAGACCUUAUUUGUAGACUGGGAAAACAUUGUUCAGUUUGACUUAUUUACAAACCAACUAUAGAUACCAGAUCCUUUUCUCUUAUGAAUCUCUCCAUUAGGCUUGGAUUGCAUGGGCUGGCUGUGACUCUUGCGUACCUGUAGAGUAGGAGUGUUGAACUGAUUCUUCUUUGUUCUGAUGCUGAGUCAGUGUCCAGCAUGUUUGUCACAGGUAUUUUAUUAAAACUCUUUCUCCUCAUUUCAUGGGCCCUCCCUCGUAUGUCCUCAGACCAGGCAGAACCAUAGGAAGAAUCAGAGGCCAGCCUGGGCCAGCCCCUCUGAAAACACAUAGCAUCUGAGGUGUGUAUGUGAGUGCAGUCCAGAAAUUUGGACAUAUCCCAUCCCAUCGCUAGAGUAGGCGUAGGCCAUCCCUGCUGACCUUGUCACCCCAGGGACAUGGAGGCAGCAGGGAAAGUGUUCAGCCACUACCUGUGGGUCACAGGUCACUAGUUUAUUUCUGUUGAGUCCAUUGUGGGAGGAACCUGGGGUAGAGGUCUGACAGGACUGCAGUGCCCUAGGGAGGGCCGCUUUAUUUGACCACUCUCUGCUGAGACAGUUGGCUGGUGUGGUAGGAUAAGCCCUCUUGGGAGGCAGGUGCAGGAGAGAGGUGGGACAGUGAAGAGCUCCAGAAGGAGCCAGAGGCAGAUGUCAGAUCAUUCAUUCAUUUAGUUACUCCUGGGAUGUUUCAGUUUUACUAAGCAAGAGUGAACGCCCCUCUCCUAGGCCCUAGGAAUAAGAAUAAAAGGGACUGGGGAUACUUCAUUUAAUCAAAAACUAUCCCAAAGGUCUAUGUGCUGGGUCUGUAUCUCUCCCUCUCUUCCCUUCCCCCACCCCCGAAACACACACAGGCAUUCCCCCUUAUCUUCCAUACUUUGUGCCUCAAAAGUGCCUUAUAGAAGAAUCCAGGAUGACAGAGGACUCUCUUGUCCCUGGGAGAUGUUAUAUAUAUAUAUAUCCUUAGAGAGUGAGGUUGAAGUGAGUGUAGGGGAAAGAACUUUUUGCAGAGGCUCAAAAGUGGUUUUCUAAAAGCGAGCCACUAUUAGAUGUGCACAUCAGGAGAAAAGAAAUUGGGUUAUAUCCAUUAGGGAAAUCUCAUUUUGUAAAGGUGCAAUCACAUCAACAACGGGCAGCCAGGAUUAAAGGUAUUACAAAUCCUCACAGCGGAGCAUUUUCGCCGUGCAAAGGAACCUGGCCCAUUGGAAGAUUAGUGCUUCCGGCCUCUGGGGCCAAAGGGUGAGCACUCACCACAGGGGACAGAAACUUGGUGUCUUCUUAUUAUGGGCAACAUAAAAUUCUAGAGUGUUUUAUUCUAUCUUGGAGUCUAGAAGGAAGGCAUUAGGUGUUGGCUUUGCGCUCAGUGAGUUGGAAGUCAUUUAAUGUUAGAGACACAGGAAGCAAGGGUGGCCGGUCACCAUGAGGUGGAUGAAUCACUGAGUGACUCGAGGUUGGAUAGUUUGUGGCACAGAUUGAGCAGACCCCUUUCUGAGGACAGCGGUUAACUCUCCCAGUUCUCUGGGCAGGGAACACCGCUCCUACCCGCUGUGCUGGCCCCGCUGUACAGAGCUCAGUUGCUCGCCUUCUGCCGGAGUGCUCCAUCGACGCCGUCUCCUGUCUUUUUCAUCCCCUCUUCUAUGAGCUCCAGCUCGCAGGCUUUCCCUCAGGGAAAAGGGACCCCAGGGGUUUCAGCUCUAUUUCUCUGCCUCCAUCCUUUGCUCACCAGCUGGGUGAAAACAUGAACUCCGCGCACCCAUGGCCUUUACUGCUUAGAAAAAUCUCCCUCUCAGAUAAAAGCGCUGUGUGAGUCUGUGGAAAACACCAGCACUCUGACACACUGUGAGUGAUCCUUUGUACGUGAUGUGCGCAGAUCCUGGACUGUAAUCACCAGUGCGCUUUAAUGUCUGUACUUACAGCCCGGCUUUUCUCUCUUUUGUAACAGGUUAUAUGGAUCAGCGGUGUUUAAAUCUAAGUACCAUGUGAGUCUAUUAUCUGUUCUAUUGUGCUGGUUUUUUACGGCCUUUUGGUCUUUAUCAUAGCUAGGUAAAUAUCCCCUCCCCCAGAAUGCUUUGUAGAACACUUGUACUUAGUUUGAAAACAAUAAAUUGAAAUUGUAAUGCAUUUGUAUUUCCAUUUCCUGCAAAUAAAUAUUUUUUCUUAAAUAGUAAAA